AUGAAAAUGAGGAAAUGUAAAGGAUUAAAACCAUAUUUUGCUGAAACGAGUCAAACUUUGAGUCUGCUUCAUGUGAACUGGCUUCAACGUUUUUCAUGUUCUACAGAAAAGAAAAUAAAAAUGUCCAUGACAAACGACAAAAUGAGUUUCAAAUACAUAACUCAUAGGAUUAUAAAACUACUUUUCUCAAAACAUGCAAAAUUUAUAGUUGGGCUAAUGGGAAAACUGUUGCAUCUUACUGGUUCAAUUCAUUUAAACUGCAAAGUCAUAAAAGUAGAGAAAAAAAAUCAAAGUUCUGAUUUUUCCAAAAACAAUCCAUUUAUUUUAAAAAGUCGGCUUAAUCAGCACUUUUCCAAAAUGCAAAAAUCAAUUUAUCUUACAAUAAAAGAAUCCAGAAAAGAACGAAAUGGAUACUUGGAAAAACAUUGA